AUGAGCCAAUAUAUUACGCUUCCAUCGAGCGAUAAAUCUGAUAAAAAUAAUACAUCAUCUUCAUUCCUCGUUCGGCUUCCCGAGACACUAAAACUACGUCGCGGUGCACAUGCUAUUGGACUUGCCGAUAUAAUUUACCCGUGUUCAUUUGAGAAUGUGCAAACCCAUUUAGAUUACACUGUUCAUUAUGAAGAAGAUGAACAUGUAUAUUCUUUACCUUCGGGCAAUUACAUUACAGGCGAGGAAAUUAUCACUGGGCUGGAAGCAGGAGUGGUAUUUAGAGAAAAAAUGUUGGACAAUGUUAUGAAAAUGACGAAUCAGCCACUAGCUCAACGAAAAGCCACCCGUGAUGUAGUCUUCACCUACAAUACCAUUCUGAAACGUAUAGAAUGUGAUAUACGAUCCAAAGCUGUUACUCGUGUUGUGUUGAGUAAGGGUUUAGCCUUUUUCCUUGGCUUUGAAGAUAAACCAAUAACUGAGUCAACACUUGCACUACACCCUGUAGACUAUGCCAACAACCUUCAUUCAAUGUACAUUUAUUGUGACGCUGUUCAAUACUCUAUCAUUGGCAGUGAAAAGGGAAGUCUUUUAGCAUGCAUCCCCACACCUCCACCAAAUGAUUUUGGCCGCAUGAUUUCAAGAAGUUUCUCACCCAUACGUUAUGUCCCCGUUUCUUCUGAUAAUAUUGAUGCUAUACGUAUUGAGAUUUUGGAUGAGUUUGGUCGACCAAUCAGUUUCAAUUAUGGUUCCACUAUUGUUCAACUACAUAUAACUACAAUUGAUUAA